AUGACACCCUCAAGGCCUCUUCUGAUGCUGGCCUUACUGGCGUGGGCUGUUCUGGCUGACCAAGAGUCUUGCAAGGGCCGCUGUACCGAGGGCUUCAAUGCGGACAGGAAGUGUCAGUGUGACGAGCUCUGCUCUUACUACCAGAGCUGCUGCGCUGACUACAUUGCGGAGUGCAAGACCCAAGUAACUCGUGGGGAUGUAUUCACUCUGCCAGAAGAUGAAUACGGGGCCUACGACUAUCCCGACGCCAGAGACAACACCAGCAACCCUGAGCAACAGGUCCCAGGACCUGGGCAGGGGUUCCUAGUGCCUGAGUCAAGGACCCUGGUACCUGAGCUGGGGGUCCCAGGGCCCGAGACCACUAAACAAAGCAUCUUCGAUUUCCCAGCAGAGGAGGAGCUGUGUAGUGGGAAGCCCUUUGAUGCUUUCACUGAUCUUAAGAAUGGUUCCCUGUUUGCCUUCCGAGGGCAGUACUGCUAUGAGCUGGAUGAAAAGGCAGUGAGGCCUGGCUACCCCAAGCUUAUCAAAGACGUCUGGGGUAUUGAGGGCCCCAUUGAUGCUGCCUUCACCCGCGUCAACUGCCAGGGGAAGACCUACCUCUUCAAGGGCAGUCAGUACUGGCGCUUUGAGGAUGGUGUCCUGGACCCCGAUUACCCCCGCAACAUCUCUGAUGGCUUCAGUGGCAUUCCAGACAACGUGGAUGCAGCCUUGGCCCUCCCAGCUCACAGCUACAGCGGCCAGGAGCGGGUCUACUUCUUCAAGGGGAAACAGUACUGGGAGUACAAGUUCCAGGAACAGCCGAGCCAGGAGGAGUGUGACAGCAGCUCCUUGUCGGCCGUGUUUGCUCACUUCGCCCAGAUGCAGCGGGACAGCUGGGAGAGCAUCUUCGAGAUUCUCUUCUGGGGCAGAUCCUCUGGUGGUGCUGGAGAGCCCCAGUUCAUUAGCCAGGACUGGCACGGGGUGCCUGGGCAAGUGGACGCCGUCAUGGCUGGUCGUAUCUACAUCUCCGGUUCAGCUCCCCAUUCCUCCCGGGCCAAGAAGGCCAAGUCUAAGCAUCGAAACCGUAAACGCUACCGCUCACGUCGAGGGCGAGGCCGUGGCCACAGCCAGAACCGCCACCGGCCAUCCCGGUCAGCCUGGCUGUCUUGGUUCUCCAGUGAGGAGAGUGACUUCGGAAUCUUCAACUAUGACUACGACAUCAACUGGCUUGUGCCUGCCACCUGUGAGCCCAUCCAGAGCGUCUACUUCUUCUCAGGAGACAAGUACUACCGAGUCAACCUUCGCACACGGCGCGUGGACACCGUGAACCCUCCUUACCCACGCUCCAUCGCCGAGUACUGGCUGGGCUGCCCAGCCCCUGACCAGAAGUAGUCCAAGC